GGAGGUCUGUGUGCAGAGGAGUCCCACAAGCCCGGUGGCACAGUGACGGGAGAGGUCGGGUCCCGGACAGGGCAGGAGAACUGGAGAAGAACAGGGCAGGAGAGGAAUAGAAGAGGUGAAGGAUCCAACGGGGGAGGGGAAGUGCAGGAGAAGGACAAAAGGGGGGCAGGAGAAGACAGGUGAGCGAUCCAAAGGGACAGAAGGACAAGACAAGAAGGCAUCAUCAUGCCCACUUCCAACGGUUCCACCUCCUCCACCAAGAGUAUCCGCAAGGCAGCCUCCGAAAUGGACCAGUCCGAGUCUGUCACGUCCCCCCGAUUCCUGUGCAGGAGGCAGAGUCUGAUCGAGGACGCGCGGAAAGAGCGCGAAGCGGCGGCGGCGGCGGCAGAGUCCUCGGAAUCGGCGGAGCAGAUGGUGUUCGAGGAGGAGGAUGGAAAAGCCCUGGUGAACCUGUUCUUCACCUCCAGGAGCGCCACGAGCCAGGCGCUGUCCAGGGCCAUGAAGGUCUUGGAGACCUUCGAGGCGAAGAUUCACCACCUGGAGACGAGACCGAGCAGGAAGCCCAAGGAGAGCUUGGAGGAGCUCGAGUAUUUCGUCAGGUGUGAGGUGCCCCUGUCUGACGUGCGCACUCUCAUCAGUUCGAUGAAGCGCGUCGCAGAGGACGUCCGAACAGCCAGAGAGGUCAAAUUUCACUGGUUUCCAAGGAAAAUCUCUGACCUGGACAAAUGCCAUCACUUGGUCACGAAAUUUGACCCGGACUUAGACCAAGAUCACCCGGGAUUCACUGACCCCGUCUACAGGCAGAGGAGAAAAACCAUAGCCGACAUCGCCUUCAGAUACAAGCACGGCGAGCCCAUCCCUACAGUGGAAUAUUCCGCAGAGGAGAUCGGCACAUGGAGGCAGGUGUACUCCACGCUGAGGGGGCUCUACACCACCCACGCCUGCAGCGAGCACUUGGAGGCGAUCCGUCUCCUCGAGAGGCUGUGUGGUUACGGCCCGGACAACAUUCCACAGCUGGAGGACGUGUCUCGCUUCCUCAAAGAGCGCACGGGGUUCCAGCUGAGACCCGUAGCAGGGCUCCUGUCCGCCAGGGACUUCUUGGCCAGCUUGGCUUUCCGGGUGUUCCAGUGCACCCAGUACAUCCGCCACCCGUCGUCACCCAUGCACUCCCCCGAGCCGGACUGCAUCCACGAGCUUCUGGGUCAUGUGCCCAUGCUGGCCGACCGCACCUUUGCACAGUUUUCUCAGACCAUCGGUUUGGCUUCUUUGGGUGCUUCCGAAGAGGACAUCGAGAAACUCUCCACGCUGUACUGGUUUACCGUGGAGUUCGGCCUCUGCAAGCAAGCCGGUGCCAUCAAGGCAUACGGGGCGGGACUCCUCUCCUCCUACGGGGAGCUCUUGCACUCUUUGUCGGACGAGCCUGAGAAGCGGCAGUUUGAUGCCGAAGCUGCCGCGGUGCAGCCCUACCAGGAUCAGAACUACCAGCCCGUCUACUUUGUGUCGGAGAGCUUUGCAGAUGCCAAGGAGAAGCUUCGGGCUUUCGUCGCUGGCAUCAAGAGGCCCUUUUCCGUGCGUUUCGACCCGUUCACCUCCAGCAUCGAGGUCCUGGACAACCCCCUGAAGAUCCGCGGAGGCCUGGAGAGCGUCAAGGACGAGCUGAAGCUGCUCUCGGACGCACUGAAUGUCCUGAUGUAGAGAAACGCUGCGCUUCUUGUGCUUAUCGCUGCUCGGGGUCCAGUCUUAUAUCGAGUGCCGUGCGUUUUCGUGUUCUUUUGCUGUUGCCGGAGUCGCUCGCCGGUGGUGGGGGAGGGAGUGGCGAUGUCCGGCUGGAGGAAGAGCUUGUCCUCUUCUCUCAUAGCAAAAAGGACACUGAUAAUAAGAAGAUGAAAGGUUUCGCCAAGCUGGAGGAGGUGCCACAACUGAACUCUGCGUGUGCGUGUGUGUGUUGUGUCGAGCGCCCUCAGAUCAUGAAUGUAUUUAUGUUUUCAGUGGAAGCUGAAGUAUCAGUGUGUCGCAGUAAUUGUGUACAACUCGGCAUUGCAUUCAGAUGUGUGUUUUGAUCCGGUGAAAUUGCUCCGUACGCGUUACGUUAGGAUGGAAAAGCGAUAUAUUAUAUGUUACUCGUUAUUAUUAUUGUUAGAGGCGUAAGUUAUAUAUGACAGAAAUUUUUAGUUUGCUCUCCAAACAGUGAAAGUGAACAGCAGCUCUGAGUUGCAAGCUUGGGACUCAUUGCAAUGUCUUGUAUUUCAGUCUGAGGUUCAUAAGAGUUACUGCUUCUGCUAAACUAUAAAUAAUAAUAAUUAUAGUAUUAAU